AUGAAUGGAAUAAUCAGAUCACGGAGGAAAUCUGAUUUCGAUACAUUCCUCCGGAGAAUGACUCGUGCUCAAGUGUUCGUUAAUCUACUUCCAGGUAGCUAUGAUCCGUCAGACUUUCCACAAGAAACUACAGAGAAAAGAGUUUUUGUUCUAUUUGUGUGUGGAAAGGAACAAAGAGAAAAAGUGAAGAAGAUAUGUGCUGGGUUCAGUUCGAAGUGCUAUGCGAUUCCGGAUAAUAUUGACCCUAGAUCUGAAUACUUGGGCAAAAUUAUCACACAAGCGGAUGAAAUAACAAAAAUCAUCAAGAACACAUUGAAUUAUCAAGCCAAGAUAAUGCGAGCUGCAGCUACAUAUUUCAUGAAAUGGAAGAAAAUGAAUCAAAAGUAUGGAUUGAUUCUGAAAAUUCUCAAUCGAUUUUCAUUGGAUGACUCUACGCACUGUUUGAAUAUAGAGUGUUGGAUAACAGAAGAUGAGGUCAAUAAUAUUCGAAAUACAAUUACGACGAAUGGGAAAAAGAUCCCAACCCUGAAAAGAGGUUGUUCCAUUUCGGUAUAUAUAUUCUUCUCGGCAAAAGGAAAAGGUCCAUGGGUGCAUAUUUCUGGACAGAAUAUGAUAACGGGACAUGUAUACAUAACGGCGGUCUUCAUAUUACUUUUCCCAAUAGUUCCAGGUGAUUUAUUGUUCAAUGAUUUAUAUUUCAAUUUCUUUGUUUUUUGUUCCCGUUAUCCAUUGCCGUAUGUACUUGUUGAACAGCAAAUUACAGUAACUCUUGCACAACUUGCCAAUUGUCAAAACUAUGGAAUACCAUUGAACGCGACGGAUUGCAGGUGUCCAGCUUAUGUCGCAGGACAGCUUUGCCAAAAUGUCAUAUGCCGGCGAUAUGCAGUUCCCGACAAGGAUCGAUGUGCAUGUGCUCCUGGAUGGUACGAUAAAUAUUGUGGAUUGCGUGGAUGUAGACCUCCAAAUGAAGAUCAAAUGGAUUUGGAGAAGAGAUCUUUGAUCGUUGUUUUCAAUACAAAGACUACGAUGAAAUCUCAAUUAGACACCUUGAAACAUAAUUUCAAUGAGAUGGUUUCGAAAAUUAUGAGGAAUUCAUUUGGGACAAGAACCCCUUGGAUCGACAACUACAUCGUUUAUGGAUUUGUCAAAUCUGGAUCCAACCUGCAUAUUCAAUCUGAAUUUGUCUAUGAUUCUGAUGACGUUAUCAAUUAUCUGAACAACUUGGAACUAUUCGACGGAGAUGCCACUCAACCAUUGCUAACAGCUUACUAUUUCUUCUUGUCAUUACCCAAAGGAGUCGACCUCUCAUCAGAUGGAGUUGAUGUCUAUCGUCGACUAGCCCUUACCAACCAUGGCGACAAUUUCUACAUUCAAGAUUCCAAUGACCUCUCCAACGUUCUUCUCUCUGUUAUUGGUUCUCAAUAUUUCCCAGAAAACGUAUCAGUUGGAUAUGGACUCACUCGGGAUGAAACAGUGACGACUUAUGUGGAUAGCGAUGGAGAUUCCAUUCAAAACUGCCUUCAAUAUCAGAUGCGAAACUAUUGGUUGAAGGACCAUCGUAUAGACAAACUUGGAGACACAGUCACGAUCUCUUCCACACCUGGAUCAAUCUACAACUACAGAAUGUUCAUUCAAUCAAAGAAUACUAUAUUAUUCAAUUACAACGAUGACAUGGUCAUUGAUGUUGGAAACGGGAUGGCAGUCAUAGGAAUCGACAUGUUUUCCACAAUGGAAACCUACGGAUUCACACAGUGGUUGAAUACCAGCUACGACGUCCGGUCAUCAGAGGGAGAACUAUUAAGAGAAAAAUACUACGCAUCUGAAAGAUCCCAGAAAGACUGCACUUUUACAUACGGGUUCCCAGCAUGGCCAACUUUAGAAUGCCCAGCAGGACCUAUCACACAACUACACACUUUCUACUAUAACGGGUUUAAUCAACAACGAGUUACUCCAGGAUAUUGCAUAGAAAGCGAUCACAAUGACGAACAUCCUAAUGGAGCUACCUGGAAUAGCCAUGAAGAACACAUGAAAGCUUCUCAAAACGACACCAUUCAAUGUAAUCAGAGAAACAUUGAAGCAAUCAACGAUCCACGACUUGAGGAAGCUAGACAAUAUAUUUUCAUUUUGGAGCAACAUUCUGCCAACGAACAGAUAUAUAUGACUCUGGCAAUGGAAAUCAGCCAAAUUCUGUAUUUGACCAAUGUUACCACGGAGACGUCAUACAAAAAAGAAUUCACACUGAUAGUCCACGACUCCAAAGAAUCACAUGUUCUUCUGAGCUCCUACAAUCCAAUUCUAUUUAUUGAACGAUUCCAAAGUUUGGUAUCUUCGUUGACCCUCAUCCCAAAUUUAGACAACACAAUGGGACUACUUUCAAUAGUUCAAGCUCAGAAAAUGAACAUUCAACCAACUGCUCAAGUGUAUUAUUUCACAAAUCAAGCUGUUAAAAAUGUUCAAAAUAUAUCCAGACACUGGGAUAUAAUAGGAAGACACAUGGAGGUCAACUUUUUCACCAUUGCUGAUGGAGUCACUACAGAAAUUUUUGCACUUCAAAAACAGUUGGAACUUGUUCAAAAAAUGUCAAACGGUCGACUGAUCCCACUGGGAAAAACUGAAAAUACACUUUAUCCAUUAUUUGCUGAUAUGAUGGGAGUGACUACACUGACUACUGACAAUGAACAAUAUAAUUGCCAUGAUGCUCCUUUGGAAAUCAAUGGAUAUUUAGAGGAUGGAGCGGAAUAUUCCGUUAUUCAAGUCAUUGGAACUGGCUUGAAAACUGUUUCAAUGCAAGACUCAAACGAAUCGAAUAUAUUCGCUAGUGGAGUUUGGAAACUAUCAGCAUUAGUCACCUCGGGUGGCUGCCAGAUUACAGUAAGACAAAAAACUUCGAUUGGGAUGAUUCUUGGAUUCACGUCGUCUGACAAUGAUGACAUUGCUUCCACUCAAAUAAUUUCACAAAGAAGUAUUUUGGCUAUAUUUUUGAUAAAUUACAAAGUUCACUAUUUAGGUUUAUCCGGAUUACAUCCGAUUUAUUCCCUACUCAAAACAACUGGAGAAGUCACACCAACUAAUUUGGAACUACAAAUUGUGAAUAGAAAACGAUACGAUCAACCUCAAAGUUAUUCGAACUCGACGAUUACUCCGCGAGAUGCUAAUUCUUGUACAUACAAUUUCGUAUCCGAAAGUCUAGUGGUUCCGAAAAAUGAGCUCGUAACAAUCACAGUAUCUGGUUUUGAUUUUGGAAAACUAGUUCUUCAUCGGAUAUUCUACUAUUAUCAACAUCUACCAGCAGAUCCAUCAGUAUGUCAUGGCGGUCAAGUAGAUCAAUUCGGACAAUGUAUAUGCCCAGAAAGAUAUACUGGAGAGUACUGUUGGGAUAGAAUAUGCCAACAACCUGCAAUAUAUUCCUAUGGAAUGUGUAGCUGCUUUCCCGGUUUCUACGGUGAUUUUUGUGAAAUCGAAUCGAAUAUAUUCGCUAGUGGAGUUUGGAAACCAUCAACAUUAGUCACCUCGGGUGGCUGCCAGAUUACAGCAAGACAAAAAAAUUCGAACUCGACGAUUACUUCGCGAGAUGCUAAUUCUUGUACAUACAAUUUCGUAUCCGAAAGUCUAGUGGUUCCGAAAAAUGAGCUCGUAACAUUGACUGUAUCUGGUUUUGAUUCUGGAAAAUCAGUCCUCCACCGGAUAUUCUACUAUUAUCAACAUCUACCAGCAGAUCCAUCAGUAUGUCAUGGCGGUCAAGUAGAUCAAUUUGGACGAUGUGUAUGCCCAGAAAGAUAUACUGGAGAGAACUGUUGGGAUAGAAUUUGUCUACCACCGGCCACUCAGUCUUAUGGAAUGUGUUGUUGUCCUCCAGCAACCUAUGGAGAUUUCUGCGAACAUGAUUUGAUAUUCCCGAUAAACAAUAAAUCUGUAUCAGUGGUUCCAAUCGAAACGACAACGAAGUUUGCUCAACAACACUUAUCUCUUCUAGUUCUAACUACGCAUAACGAUCAUAAAUGUAUAUAA